UUUUCAUUUGUUUUUACAACAUGGUAAUAAAGAAAGUCCUUAGAAUUUAUAAAGCUUCGAAGGAGACCAAUGACCAUGUGUCAUAAUCUGAAUCAAAUGACUUCUUUUACCGAUACCCCGCUAUUACUAAAACCUCAUUUAUACGGACUGAUAAUCAGGGGAAUGAACUGUUUACAAAGACAGCCUUAAAUUUAACCUCGUAAUACGAACAGAGAAACCCUGAGUAAACUUGAUAUAAGAAAUGUCUCAAAGUAAACCUCGUUAUUACUGACAGAGAAAGCCUGGAUGAGCGUGAAGGUGGCGUCAUCUUCAUCAUCAACGUAAUGAUGGAGGCUGUAGACUGAGCUCGCAAUUAAAAAAAAACAUGCUUAGUUUAUAUUUCACAAAAGUAGGAUUCCAUCUCACAAAGUAACGUCUAAAAAGUUAAUCUUCCUUAUUGUGACGUCACUUCAUUUCUAAUUAAAUAUCAGAACAUUUCGCGCGUGCAAAGAAUGUGUUCUCCGCGUCUGCCUCAUGGUUGACCUAAAAUACAGAAAUAAUUCUUCAAAGAUGUAAUAAUCAGAAUCUAGGUAUGUGAAAGUUAAAGGACUUUUGUUCUUAAUGUAUUUUUGGCGUAUUUAACGUCGGUGUAAGGUCAAAACGCCGUGAUGUCAAAGCGGUACGACUACGCCAUGAAGCGUGGCAGAAAGAAGAAAACCCGAAUGGAGGGACUCAACUUUCAAGCUUACAGUGUCCUCAAGAAAGACGAUGAUAUGGAUCAAGCGGGGCGCGCGACCGACAAGGAAAUCCCGCGGACACAAGCUUGGCGCAAUUUGACGGACUCUCCCCUGGGGGGAGAUGUGGAUUCGUCUCUUGCUCUCCACGCCGUACCCUUGGGUGGUGAGAAGGAUAAAUCGCAGAUCGGCGACGAGCUGGGGAGUAUCACGGAUCGUAUUUCCAAAGUACUGAACGAGUAUGAAUCUAUGUACGAUGACGACAAGGAUUCGGCGUUCAAUGCAGUACAGGAAAGUGUUUCAGGACAGCUGACGAUGGAGAAUAUCCUGUCGGGCUAUCACACCUUGUGCCGCGAGAGGGAGGAGCUCCUGGAGUCCUUGCAGGAUUCCUUAGACAUGGAUGAGGAAGAUCUCUUAAACGAGCUGGAAAAAAUGACAAAAGAAAAUGCGAUCUCUAUGGAGGAUUCAGAAAACGUUGUCAAAGCCACAUUUGAGAACGCCAAGAUCACCACUGAGAAACUGAGACAACUCAACAGAGACAUCAUCAACAUGUCCAAGCGAGGACAACCAAGCGAUAAAAUGGAGCAGGAAAAGAAGGAGCUUGAAGAAGAGCUAGACAUGUACAAGCAAAUGGCGGUACAACAACGGGAAGACAUGGACAACAGGCGGCUCAGUGUGACCAGGCAGGACCAGGCUCAGCAGUGGAAGCUGGUUGCCGGGGAAAUGCUGGACAUCGUCAAAGGAAUCAAACUCGAGGGCAAAACAGAUAAAGUCGAGCUAGAACGUGAACUAAACAAGAUCCUCUUGACUCUGAAUAGUCAGAACGAGUACAUCGAGAGCUUGAAAAAGGAAAUCGAUAAGAGUGAAAAGAACGUCAAGAACAUUGAACGCGAGAAAACCCGACUUUACAAUGACAAAAUUCUUGUGGAAGACGAGUUACAGACCAAGCGACUUGAGGUCCAGCAGUGCAAAAAGUACAUCAAGAAGCUUUUACAAGAAAAGAAAGAUGAUAAGAAGAUUCUCUCUACAGAAGAUGGCGUCUUACUUGACCUUGAUGAUGACGAUGACGAAGAGAUGACGACCUUGGCACAAGGCCGUGCCAACAACACGCAUCUACUGCAGGCUCAGAUCAGGGACCAACGAAGCAAAGCGCUGAGAUUUGAGGAGCAAAACAAGGAGCUGCUGAGGCAGCUUGCUGCGUGUCAACAAGGAAACCAGCAAGAAAAGAGCAAAGAGCAAGUUGCCGUGGUAACUGUUGCUAAGGAUGGUGACUGUGAGAGCUGUAAAGAAAUGAGCGCGAGGCUGACAGAGGGUGAGGAGUUGCUUAAACAACUGACGAGCAAAAACGAGAAGCUGUUGGCCGACUUGAACGACAUAGGGGAACAGCUCUUUGACACUAGCAAGCAAAACAAGGAGCUGAUGAGGCAGCUUGCUGCGUGUCAACAAGUGAACCAGCAAGAAAAGGAGAACGCGGCACUGAAGUCCUCUCUGGAGAGAUCUCAGCAAGAUAUGAGACAGACGCAGCCCUCCCCGGCGCCAUCAAGUCCCGAAAGGACGAGUAGUGAGUCGUCGACCGAUUCCAGACCAGCAACACCUGUUUUUAUCGAGGACACACCGGCCAAGAAACCCGGCAAGACUACUACAUCGCGGCCAUUACAAGCGCCAAAGUCACGAGCGCCGAAACCGAGGAAAAAAGAGGCUAAACCUAAAGCUGAGUCAAAACAAAAGACAGCAAAGGAACCGGAGAAGGCUAAGGAGAAGCCUCAGGAGAAUGAAGAGACAAAAAGCAAGCGCCGCGCGGCAUCUUUCAACGAGACCAGGGAAGAGAAAGCCCCGUAUGUCAAGGUUCGCGAGGCAAAGCUGCUCUCGUUGUGCGAUAAGGGAACCCAGACGUGUAACCGUGGUCGACUGGAGGCCAUGAUGUCGGGUGGCCAUCGGAGGGAGUCGGUGGGGUCGUGGAAGGCUGAUGGGAAGAAGAGACAUUCCUUGGCUGACGCCAUCAUGUCUAUCGCCCCGCCCCCUGUCAUAGAACAGGAGACGUCCAAUGCGAUGAGCACUAUACGUGAAGAGGUUGACCGACUCUGUGAGGACAUAUCUGGUUUCGUGGAGUAUAGCUAUGACUUAGUAGAAAAGGAAGCUACGACUCUCCAAACGCAGGCUGAGAAGCAUCUGGGGGAAGAGGUGGCGAACGAAAUUGCUGCUCAGGAGGAGAUUGCAAAGCCUGAUUUAGAAUCAUUGCCCUCAAUAAACGAUCGACGCCAGUCUCUUGGAGGUCACAGUCACAGACGGCGGAGCACCGUGUUGAACCUGGACACGAGACGUGGGACAUUACAUCAAAGAGAGGCACAAUGCUUAUUAUACUUUCAACGAAAGCAAUCUGAGGGAUAUCAUGGACCGGAAGUUGCCUUACCGGAAGUACAAUCAGACCAUGAACACAUAGGAAAGCCUGUGGAGUCUCGAGUGGCCUGGGACGAGAAGAAAGAAGGGUCUGAAAAUGACUGGCGGCCAGAAACCGCGCCUGUCAGUGUCAAUAUAUACCUGGUGAGGGACGAAGUGAAACUACACAUCAAGAAAAUGGCUCAAAGCGCUAUCAACAUUUUGCAGUCAGCUGGCGAGGUAUUCACAACACAGUUAAACAGCAAGGUGGGCGUGUAUGAGAAGUUCUACGACAUGUGGAAACAAAAUCGUCAGGUUCGGCGCCAGUCCAUUUCGAAUCGUGGGCAUGUUCCAGUGGUGGGGAAAUCGCUUCUCCCCACUGUCCAGUCAGUUGAAAGAGUGCCUAAAUCCCACGAGAAGGAGGAAGGAACAGAAGGCAAAGAAGUCGAUUAUGAGGACCCCGGGUCACUCUUUCCUCACAUUAACACGGCCGAAGCAAAAUCCGGCAAAAACAUGGCGAUAUCAACAGCAAUGCUGUCAAACAAAGGUAUCAUGAUGAUUGGCAACAGCGCAGCAGGCCCCGCCCCCGCCACUGCCCCUUCUAGCCAGCAGGGUGGGGGCAAACGGCGAUCCAAACCAUCGUCGUACUCGCGCAAGCAGCAGCUGAUGAGGCAAAAGGACCGAGUCAUGUACGGAGAUGCCCGGAUGCUGGAGCUGAGCAGUAUGCUUGUGGAUCAGGGAAUCAGUAAAAGCCAUUCUACUGUCGGUUUCGCUUAUGGUGGGGCACUAGAAAUGUCUGGCGGGGCUCGCAUGCAAGGCUUCAACCUCCCCUUUAUAGCGCAGGCCAUCGGCCCUGUCCAAUCCAAGGCCCCGGCUACAUCCGGGAGACUUGACGGAACCAAGCCGGCGACUGCCAGACUGAACAUGCACGCGCAGACGGGGGAGAGUGCUCAAAUAGAACAGAGAUCCAGCCACGUGUCUUUUGCACCGGCCACGUGGAAUCAUCGUCAAUCUAUCCCACGGUAUCAUUCGUCAAAUGAAGUGCCGAGCACAAAAAAAGGAACAGCAAUGGCGGCCACUAAACUGCCACUUCUACCCAUCAACACUCUGUUCAAUACCAUGUAAGGGCAUCGAGGACAUGAGGACCUCCUUAUAAGGGCACCAUGACUUCUUUGUAAGGAAACACCAUAUGUAUAAUGCCAUAAACUAAAAAAACCCGAAAGAACUUUAUCUGCGCAUCAAUGUAGUGAAUAUUGGAAUCAUUUGGUCCACUAUGUUUUAAGAGCAUGGCCAAAUUUGUACGUGAUCCUGCCGUAUAUAGAGAUCAGGGAUGUAUUGAGGAUCUUAUAAAUCUAUUAAUCACAAAUGGCAUAUCAAGGAAGCGGCCGUAUCUAUUCAUAAAGUACAUUUUUCUUGAAGAUAUUGAUUGUCUCGUCGAAAAGUGCACAAAAAUGGAAUACCACAUUGUUGUUAUUAUUUCCAGUACAUACCUUGUGGGUGUAAUUUGUGGUUGUAAAUAAACAAAUGUAUAUCUC